UUUGCGCGAAAUGUUGUUGAUAACGUGUAUUAUCGGUUUGGUGAUAAUUUGGGCGUUGUUCCACCACUUCAGCCGCGCUGGGCGGUUGAUGAGGAAGAUUCCUGGUCCGCCAGUAUGGCCUAUCAUUGGGAAUGCUUUGAACUAUGCUGUAUCACCUGAUAAGGUGUUUCCUGUAAUGCGAUCCUUACCAAAGAAAUAUGGCCAUAUCAGUCAAAUCCAUGGAUUGCAUGCUCGGAUUGUAAACAUCUCUAAUCCCGAAGAUAUUGAGAAAAUAAUGUCUUCGGCCGUUUAUAACAAUAAAAAGAUGCCGUAUACAUUCGUUGCUCCAUGGCUAUCAGAAGGACUCCUGGUUAGCAAUGGCAAUAAAUGGCUACAGCGCAGAAAAAUGCUGACAAAAGCGUUCCAUUUCAGCAUUUUGAAAAAAUUCACCGAAAUAUUCAAGACUGGAGCGCAGAAUUUUUUGAAACGUGUGGAAAAGGAAACUGACAAAGAUAAGACAGAUAUUCUCGCUUUUAUCUGCCCCACGGCGCUACGUGUUAUGUGCGAUAAGGUGUUUCCUGUAAUGCGAUCCUUACCAAAGAAAUAUGGCCAUAUCAGUCAAAUCCAUGGAUUGCAUGCUCGGAUUGUAAACAUCUCUAAUCCCGAAGAUAUUGAGAAAAUAAUGUCUUCGGCCGUUUAUAACAAUAAAAAGAUGCCGUAUACAUUCGUUGCUCCAUGGCUAUCAGAAGGACUCCUGGUUAGCAAUGGCAAUAAAUGGCUACAGCGCAGAAAAAUGCUGACAAAAGCGUUCCAUUUCAGCAUUUUGAAAAAAUUCACCGAAAUAUUCAAGACUGGAGCGCAGAAUUUUUUGAAACGUGUGGAAAAGGAAACUGACAAAGAUAAGACAGAUAUUCUCGCUUUUAUCUGCCCCACGGCGCUACGUGUUAUGUGCGAAACAGCAAUGGGACUUACUAUUAAAGAAGAUAGUCCUGCUAUGAAAAAAUAUUUCGAUGGCAUAUUUGCGAUUGGAGAGUGUUUUGCAUUGAGGACGUCUAGAUUUUGGCUACAUAAUGAAUUCUUUUUCAGUAAUUCUAGUAUUGCAAAGACUCAAAAACUCGUAAUUAAGGAUUUGCAUGAGUUUACAACAAAGGUUAUUAACGAAAGAAGAAAGAUGCUGGAUGAUGCUAACCCCAAACAAGAAAAUAGUAAUAUUGAAAUAUUCGAGACAACUGAAAAAUUAGCCAUGUUAGACUUGCUACUAGAAAAUGAGAAAUUAGGAUUAAUAACGAGUGUAGGCAUUCGUGAAGAAGUUGAUACUUUUAUGUUUGAGGGCUUCGACACGACUUCCUCGACACUGACUUAUAUGAUGUUGGCAAUUGCAAAUGAGCCUAAGAUACAAGAUAAAAUAUAUAAAGAAAUGCAGACAAUUUUCGGAGACUCGGAGCGCAUGCCGACAGCGGAGGAUGUGAAUGAGAUGAAGUAUCUAGAGACUUGCAUCAAAGAAUCUAUGAGGCUGUAUCCCGCUGCACCCCUGAUUAUCAGACAUCUCGUCAACGAUACAGAGCUGAGUGGUUAUACCAUACCUGCUGGAACAGACUGCUUCAUAUUUAUCUACGAUAUACAUCAUCGAGAAGAUAUAUAUCCAGAUGCUGAGCGUUUUGAUCCGGACCGAUUUCUACCAGAAAACAGCCAGAACCGCAAUCCAUAUGCUUACAUACCAUUCAGCGCUGGUCAACGGAAUUGUAUCGGGCAAAAGUUUGCAAUGUUGGAAUUGAAGAUUAUUAUGUCGAGUCUGUUGAGAAAAUUUCGUCUUGAGCCAGUGACUAGACCUUCCGAACUUACGUAUAGAUUUGAUGUAGUAUUGCGUACUCAAGAACCCAUAUAUGUUCGGUUUCGUUCAAGAUAAUAAAAAUUGAAAAACAAUGUAUCUACUUAUUUAUUUUUUACAACUUCAUCCAUGUUAAUUACGUCA